AUGAUGCGCCUCCGCCGCUACCGGUUGUUUCUGGUGGUGGCGCUUUUCGCGGUCGUCCUGGUGUACCACCUGAGUAGCACAGAUGCCUGGGACAGCUCAUCCUUUGAGGCUCUUGUGGGAUUGGGAUCACAUCACGCUGGGAAACUGACUGCAGAUACACCGGCGCAACCUUUCGGUCUCCCAGUCACUCCCCGAGAAGACGCUGCGAAUCGGCCAGUCCAGCCACCGCAUCCUGCCCUACCACCUAACGAGCUCCGGGGCUCUGCCCCUUCCCCUUCAGCUGCUCUCGACACCGCCUCGCUCUCCACGUCCCCGGAAGACCCACCGCGAACUGUCUCGGAGGAAGAGUUGCUCACGAAGCAAACAGAUCUGGAUGAAUUUGGUGCACAUGAUGCAGGUCAGGCCGGGAUCGAGCUGCAGCCUGUGGAACAGGAAUCAGUGCGUUGGCAGCAGCAAAAGGAACAUUUCCCAAUCCCAUCGCAUAGCAUGAUACUCUUGCCAACAGGCGAGCCAAAGGCGCUGCCCCAGGUGCAGUUCCACUUUGUGGCGGAGACAUCUACAAGGAGGCGGGACCGGAUACAGAAGCAGACUGUCAUCCGUGAAGCUUUCAAGCAUGCUUGGUUCGGCUACAAGAAUUACUCACUACCGCACGAUGAGCUCAAGCCCCUCUCCAAGGACGUGGGCGAUCCGUUCAAUGGGUGGGGAGCCACUCUGGUGGACUCGCUCGAUUCUCUGUGGAUCAUGGGGCUUUACGACGAAUUUGCAGAUGCUGUGGAGGAAGUGAGCAAAAUCGAUUUCAGGACCUCGACGCGCAAGGACAUUCCUCUCUUUGAGACGGUGAUUCGUUAUCUCGGUGGACUCAUCGCAGCAUACGACCUGAGCUCUGGGAAGUACCCUGUCUUGCUGGACAAGGCCGUCGAUCUGGCGGAUAUCCUGAUGGGCGCUUUCGACACCCCGAAUCGCAUGCCCGCUGUCUUCUACAAGUGGGCUCCUUUCUACGCGUCGCAACCACAUCGGGCCAGUCCGCACUCUGUUCUGGCCGAGAUUGGCUCCCUUUCGGUGGAAUUCACUCGCUUAGCACAGAUUACGAAGGAACCGAAAUACUACGAUGCAGUCGCACGCGUCACCAACGCUCUCGAGGACUGGCAGAUGAAGACAUCUUUUCCAGGUCUUUGGCCGCUGAAGCUGGAUGCAUCUGGCUGCAAAAAGCCUGAAAAGACCGAUCGGGCCGGGCUCGUCUCCGACUCAGUAAUUGAUGCGGACGAUGUGUUAUUGCCGGAGUCCGUUGCUUCUGAAGUGUUGGUCCGGGCAAGUGACGACUCGCCUUCGGAAAAACGCCCUGCGACGGAGUUCCGGCGUUCGCCGGAAGAGCACGACGUGAGCCGGUUAAACAGGCGACAGCAGCUAUCCUCUUCGCCGCCGCGGGAACAACCUCUGCAGAAAAACACAGGGGAGACCGGGAAGAAGCUUGUAGGCAAACCGCAUUGGACCGAAGACGAUUUUGACGACGUCGACUGUGAGCCGCAAGGACUAAGCACCGAGCCGCAGUCGAAGACCCAUACAUAUGGCAUCGGCUCGAUGGCUGAUUCGACAUAUGAGUACUUUCCGAAAGAAUAUGCACUUCUCGGCGGGCUUAAUUCUCAGUACAAGUCCAUGUACCUUAAUUCGCUGAAGGUGGUCCGGGAAGAACUGCUGUUUCGGCCUAUGACGAAGCAGAACCAUGACAUACUCUUUUUGGCAAAGCAGAACAUCUUACCCGGGCAGAAGGAUCCGACGAAGAGAACAGAGACCUUCUACGAGGGUACGCAUCUCGGUUGCUAUGCCGGCGGCAUGUUCGCGCUUGGCUCCAGGUUGUUCAAUUUGCCGUCUGACAUGGCUAUCGCGGAAAAGCUUACUGACGGAUGCGUUUGGGCGUAUGGGUCUACGCCUGCAGGCGUCAUGCCAGAGGAAUUUGAGCUUGUGCCUUGCGAUAGUCUCACUUCCUGUCAUUGGAAUGAAACCAAAUGGCAUGAAGCGCUAGACCCACGGCGUGAUGACAGAAUGCAAGCGGCGCAGGCCUACAAUGGGAUCCAGCAGAGGCUAUACAAGGAGGUUCUGGGGGACGAUCUUGAUGUGAUUGACGAAGAAGAGCAGCCUGUCCCCUAUUCUGUCCUGACGGGCCGCCGUCUAAAGAGGCGAGACAGCCUCACGGAUGUGGACGAAGACUCAGCAACACACUCACGCGUUAGGGAUGAAAGCGACAUUAGCAUGAGCAGUCUGAAGCCCAGCCCGUUCGUGCCCAUGGCCCCUUUGUCACACGAAAAGUAUGUAGCGGCCAAGAUUCAAGAACAGCGAAUACCACCUGGGUAUACCAAGAUCCAGUCGCGAGACUACCGCCUCCGCCCUGAAGCCAUCGAGUCGGUGUUCAUCAUGUAUCGACUUACCGGCGACGAGACGUGGCGAGACAAAGGCUGGGCCAUGUUCGGAGCAGUCGACAGGGCCACCAAGACGGAGAUUGCCAAUGCAGGCAUCAAGGACGUGACCAGCCUCCUCCAAGAGCAGCAAGACACAAUGGAGUCUUUCUGGCUCGCCGAGACGUUGAAGUAUUAUUAUCUGCUUUUUAGCGAGCCCGACUUGAUCAGUUUGGAUGAUUACGUUUUGUAA